ACAACAAAACAUGAGAAUAAAUUUAAUAAAUUAUCAUUUUAUUUUAGGCUUUGCUUGACACCUGUGUAGUCUAGAAUUUAGUACAAAUUAAGUUAAGCUGAAAAUCAAGUCCACUAAAAUGGAAAGGGAGUUUUUUUUCUGUUUUUUAUUCUUAUGUAUAGCAUCUUUACGUCUUAGUCAUGGUGAAACUCAGAGGACCGAUUCUGAUAAGAGCGUCAAAGAGUCAGACUCAGACAUCAAUCAAGAAACUAGCAACAGUCCAGAUCCAGAUGCUUCGAUUUUCACACAUCACCCAUACGAACAAAUGAUUUCGUUAAUGCUUGAAGUGAAUAGAGCUUGUCCGGACAUAACAAGAAUUUAUAAUUUAAGUGAGCCAUCUGUUCAAGGCCGAAAUUUGACUGUUUUAGAGAUCACUGAAAACCCAGGAGUACAUAAACCUGGCAAACCAGAGUUUAAAUACAUUGGCAAUAUGCAUGGCAAUGAAGUGGUUGGGAAGGAGAUGCUUUUGUAUUUGAUGAUUGCGCUCUGUGAAGAGUACAAAAAGGGAGAUGAGUUAGCCAAAUUUGUUGUCAGCCAAACUAGAGUCCACAUCAUGCCCUCUAUGAACCCUGAUGGUUGGGAGGCUGCAUACAAGGAAAUGAUGGAUAAAGGGGAGGCUAGCUGGCUUACUGGCAGGUCAAAUGCUAAUGGUGUUGACCUCAAUAGAAAUUUUCCAGAUCUGAAUUCUGAAGUGUAUGAACAUGAGCGUGAGCACAAAGGCAGAAACAAUCAUCUAGUGAAAGUUGAGAAAGCCAUCACUAAUGACAAAAAUCUUCAACCAGAAACUAGAGCUGUGAUGCGUUGGCUGGCUCAGAUAGGGUUUGUGCUUUCCGCCAAUCUUCAUGGGGGUGAUCUAGUGGCCAACUAUCCUUAUGACGAGACAAGGUCUGGAAAAACUCAAGAGUACACUGCCUGUCCAGAUGAUCAUACCUUUGUAUAUUUGUCCAAGUCCUAUGCUUUCUUCCAUAAAACCAUGGCUGAUCCCAGCAGACUGCCAUGUGACAAACAAGGAGACAGUAAACCAAUCACUAAUGGUGGACUGUGGUACUCUGUAGCUAAAGGAAUGCAAGACUACAACUACUUAAACACUAAUUGCUUUGAGAUCACCCUCGAGUUGGGCUGUGAGAAAUUCCCACCAGCCUCAGCACUAGAACAACUUUGGCUGGAUAAUGUUGCUGCUCUCUUUAAUUAUAUUUUACAGAGUCACAUUGGUGUGAAAGGUUUUGUGAAGACUACAGACAACAAGCCACUAGCCAAUGCAGAGAUCAAAGUCAGCAAUCUAGCUUCUGGUCUUCCCAUAGAGCAUGAUAUAUUGUCCUUGGAAGAUGGUGAUUACUACAGGCUUCUAGCUGAUGGCUACUAUCACAUAUCUGCACAUGCCGAAGGCUUCCAUCCCAUGUCCCGCUGUGUACACAUUGUGAACACCAUUCGUGUUGGCGUUCCCCCAUCAGAGAUGAGCACUGCUCCAGAGCUCAACUUCACCCUUACAUCUAAGUCGUUACCUAGACCUGACAACAAAGAUGAGAUAGCGGAGUGUGAUGCUCUGUGGACUGAAGUCCAACAAGGGACUCAACUUGAUGACAGAGAUCUACUCAUCUCCAUUCUCUCUUACCUGGACCCAAGUACCAAAUGGUCUGCUAUGGCUGACCGCCUGACCACAGUACAGCUGUACUACUACCUGGCUGAAGGCCUCAAGCUGCUCAAGCCUGAAGAGAUGAAAGAGGUCCUACGGCUCAUGCCCAGGGCACUACAAGAACAGUUGGAUAUGGUUAUUUCAGCAACAAUGAACAAGAAAUAAAAGGCAGCUAGUAGAGAGGAGAGCAACUUAGUUUUAAUUGAUCGCCAAGCAGGUUUCCCAUAAUACUGUAUACAUAUUACUGGACUGAACAUUCAAAGCAAAUAUUUUUUUAUUUGGACUAGAAUCUAAUACUUGUAAUUGAGGAUAAACAGAAAUAUAACAUUCCACUAACAUACUGGUAUAUUACAAGUAUUGCUUUAUUAGAGCAUUCAAAAAUUUAUUUUAUGUGUUACAUUAAGGCUAAUUGUUUUAUAUAGUUGUACAAGUGACCAAUCUUUUUUUAAAAAAAACAAACAUUACCAUUAUUUUUGGAAAGGUUAAAGAUAUCUGAGUCAUGUAUAAAAAAAAAAAAACGCUAAUAGACAGACAUGACAGAAAGUGUAACUUCUGUGUUUGUUCCGUGUCUCUAAUCAUGUACAUGUUGUCUAGUCCUACAUAUUGUGAUGUGAUUAUUUAGAUGAUUUACAGCAAACUAUUUUUUUCUUUUAAUUUGUGAUUUUAAUAGGAUGUUGCCUUCUCCCCCCCCCCCCCCCCCAUUUGCUAAAUACCAGCAGGAGAAACGAUCAAAAAACGUUUUUUUCUAGUUAUUCUAAAUAAAAUGUAUGUUACACAAUUUUCUAAGAAAUUCUUUGGUCUCCAACAUUUGAUAAAGUGAAAACAAAAUUUGCUGAAAGUUUUGAUUAAAGUUUUGUUUUGUUAAUCCACUUGUUGACAUUUUUGUUGUCAUUGCAUAAUAAAUUUAUCUCAGAUAAAAAUUGAAAAACAAAAAGUUUUUUAUUCAGCAGGUAGCACAUUUUUACAAACUCUAUUUAGCUAAAUAUAUAAUUUUUUUGUUAAUCUUGUGAUAUGUUUUACUGUGCAAUACGAUUGGUUCAUGUAUUAUAUUUAUAUGACUUAUGUUUCGAUCACUAUAAACUGGGUAUAAUGUUUUUAUUUUUUACAUUCCUUUGUUUGAGAUAUACUUAUGCUUUAUGUUUCCCCCCAGAUACUACAAAAAUAUUAUUUUUUUUUACCAAUGGUCGUGGCACUUUACAAUCAAAACUUGUAUUGUUAUAUGUUAUAUUUUAUAAAUCAGCUUUUUAUAUUUGGUAUACACAAAAAGAUGACUGGUUCAGCUCACUAUUUGCUACAAAUAAGUUUAAAAAAAAUAUUUUUUUUUAAAGGAGCUAAAAAUAGUUUCCUACUGGACGAGACAAAUAUCUAUGAAAAUAUUGUUAUAACACAUUCUCUUUUUAAUUCAUUUCUGGCAUUUUAUAUCUUGUAUAUUGAAACACAAUUAAGUAACUAAAUGCUUUUUGUUCAGUGUCUCAAUUUUUGUUAAAUAUUUUUUCUAAUACAUUGUUAUGUUACUUUAUUUCCAAGCCAUACCAUCGUUCUUAGGAUCUGAGCUAUUUCUAUGACACUCAUUUUGUUUACAAUUGCACAUCAAGAAUGUUGUGAACAUAUUGUGAUAUUGGUGUCAAGUUUUUAUUUGUUCCUUGUACUCAAGGGAAAUCCAAAUAAAUAAAAUUAUUUAGUAACGGA